AUGGCAGAGAAUGAUGGUCAGCCGUUCGACAUAAAUUUGCCGCCCGCUCAUCAAUAUUUACAUCUUAGAGAAGAAAAUUUAUUGACAAAUGCUGACAAAUAUGAAGAUGCCAAUGUUAUCAUUAAUGUUUCAUUCUUGGAUUUAUCGAUUGUUUUAUUGCCAACACAAAAAUUUCCAUAUUUUACGCAAGCACCUUUGCAAAUAUCGCAAUUCCGUGAAGCUGCAAAUAGCAAUUCGCUGAUUGCACUUCAACCAAUUGUACGAGAACGAACAACGAAUAUUGCAACACUUAUACAGGUCUCUUCCUUCUUAAUAAGGAUAAGCAAAUUCGAAGAACUCAAUGAUGGUGUAAUUAUCGAAGCAGUUGGUCGACAACGGUGCAAGAUGAAGUUUACUUUUUUUCACUGCUACUCAUUAAUCGAUAAUCAAGUUUCUUUCAAAUUUAGCAUGCCAUACGGCUCUGUAUUAGUGCUAGAAGAUCGGGAACUGCUGCCAUUCAGCCAAUUAUUUGUGCCUUCUUCCUGUACUCGAUUACCGCCAAAAGAGGUACAGUUGUGA